CUGUUCUCAGCGGUCAACUCCACCUUCAUCGUCGAAAUGCAGCUUGAUCCAGGAGACACCACCCAUACCCUCGUCCUCAAACUAAUCCAGAUAAUCGUUAACGGCCCAAAUUCCGCACCUAACAUCAACACUCUUUCCUCAUCUACGGGAUUUCUCUCUUCAAUGGUCUGGAUGCAAUCACUCUCCUGCGCUAGCGUACUUCAUGCAAGUUUUACAAAACCACCAAGAACCCUGUGA